AUGAAACUCUUGGUUUCGCUUGCGUCGCUCGCCACCUCGGUGUUAGCCGCUUCUGUUCCGUUGAGCAAAAGAUCCUCGCUGUGGGACUACCAGAAUGACAAGGUUCGCGGUGUCAACUUAGGUGGAUGGUUUGUCUUGGAACCCUACAUUACUCCAUCGUUGUUCGAGCCUUUUGGCUCCAACAUUCCUGUGGAUGAAUAUCAUUACUGCCAGACACUUGGCAAAGACGAGGCAUCUGAUAGAUUGCAGAAACACUGGCUGACGUGGUACACAGAAGAUGACUUCGAGGCCAUUUCUGCUGCUGGUCUCAACACUGUUCGUAUUCCGAUCGGCCACUGGGCUUUUGUGACAGUGGAUGGCGAGCCAUACGUGCAAGGCCAACAAAAGUACCUUGAUCUUGCCCUCCAAUGGGCCAGAAACCACAACCUUAAGGUGUGGAUCGACUUGCACACGGCCCCAGGCUCGCAAAACGGUUUUGACAAUUCUGGCUUGCGUGACCAAAUUCAGUACCAACAGGAUGCCAACAUUGCAGCCACCUUGACUGCAUUGCAAAACAUCUUCAACAAGUACGGCGGCGACGAGUACAAGGACGUUGUCAGUGGCAUUGAGCUCUUGAACGAGCCUUUGGGCACUGUCAGCGACAUGAACCAGCUCGAGAACUUCUACCAAUGGGCUUACAAGAACAUGCGUUCUGUGCUGACCAACAACGUUAUCAUCCAUGAUGCUUUCCAGCCAUUCAACUACUAUGACUCGUUCAUGCAAGCUGAUGGUGGUUACUAUAACGUGGUACUUGACCAUCACCACUAUCAGGUGUUCAGUGGUGGCGAGUUGUCGCGCGAUAUCAAUGCCCACUUGAGCGUUGCCUGUGGCUGGGGCUCCAGCGCUGCUACUGAGUCUCACUGGAACGUGUGCGGUGAGUUUUCUGCCGCUCUUACUGACUGUGCUGUUUGGUUGAACGGUGUUGGUCGCGGUGCCCGUUGGCUGGGAGACUACGACAACUCGCCAAACUUUGGCCUGUGUGACAUGUACGUGAACCCAGACAACUGGACCAGCGACCACAAGACCAACGUCCGCAAGUACAUCGAAGCUCAGCUCGACGCCUUUGAGCACACUGGUGGUUGGAUCUUCUGGAACUGGAAGUGUGAGGAUGCCAUUGACUGGGACAUGAGCCGGUUGAUUGAUGUUGGAGUGUUCCCACAACCAUUGGACUCGAGACAGUACCCAGGCCAGUGCCAGUACUAA